AGUGACGGUCUCACGACAGCGGCACGUUUGAAACUCGUAUUUUACGAAUGCGAUAGUAUCUCAUCAGUUCAAAAAUUAUACUCAACGAGGGUGGUUGUGUGGGACUGAAUCGUGAAACGACAUCGUGGAAAAGCGAAACGACUCAAAAAUUUCCUCAACGAGGGCGGUUGUGCGGUCUCUUUCGCAACGGAUCGGAACGCCGUGGGAGUCGGAAAAUAGCUUGAAAGUGUGCGUGUGUGUGCAUCAGUGUUUAGUGCAAAAUAUAAUAAAUAAGUUGAUAAGCCAGUCGUGGAAAAUGUGCACUAAUAAAUGCCCGUUUCAGGCCAAUUGAAUGUUCUAAACAGAAAAUUCAACGCGAGUUCAACAAUUGCACUGCCGGAAAGUUAAAGUUAACUAAACAAAAGCCUCUCAUCAAAACAAAUACUUUUUUUGAUUUUAAUUUUAAUUUCUUCAAAUAAAAGUAAUAAAAUAAAAAUCGUUCAAGAAAAAGAAAAAGUGUACGUGACAACAGCUCAAGAAGAGUAAAAAAACAACAAAAUUUCGAAAAUAGUUCGUGCGUGCGAAGAAGUGCUUCGAAGUUUUAUGGCCCAUGCAAAGGCGUCUGUAAGUAUGUACAUAUUGUAUGUGCAAGUGUGUGUGUCCAGGUGCAAGUGCUAAAUUUGUGUUUGCAAAUGGCCCGGUCAGUGCGAAGCUCUAAUUAAAAAGUCCCGAAGCGGAGAGGACGUGGUGUCGCUAAAGCAACCAACUGCCGAAAUUUUAUAGAAAAACAACCCCCAGCCGCCAAUAAAAAACAAGCAGAAAUCGGUGCCAAUUCUGUUUAUUCAACCCCAGCCACGUUGGAUCCUUGUCGCAUAUAAUGUCAUCAAAAUGUGUUUUCAACAUUGCAUUCGUGUCGAUAAUUUCCAUCAUCAUCGUAAAUGGUUACGCAAAAGAUAUUUCUGGAGUUAAGAGAGGUCAUGAACGACUGAACGAAUACAUAUCCCACUACGAAACACUCAACUAUGAUCACGAGCACAUCCGAGCUAGUCACAAUAGAGCGCGACGAUCAGUGACCAAAGAUCAUUAUGUACAUUUAAAGUUUGCAUCACAUGGAAGAGACUUCCAUCUUAGAUUAAAGCGUGAUUUAAAUACAUUUAGCAAUAAGUUAGACUUUUAUGAUAGCAAGGGCCCCAUUGAUGUCUCCACGGAUCAUAUCUAUGAGGGCGAAGUGAUAGGGGAUCGUAAUAGUUAUGUAUUUGGUUCCAUACACAAUGGGGUAUUUGAGGGUAAAAUUAUAACGGAACGUGAUGCCUAUUAUGUUGAACAUGCCAAACAUUAUUUUCCCACAAAUCGCACGGCGACAACACCGACAACUCCGUCGAAAUUCUCGACAACAACCUCCACCCCAAGGAGCACCAUAAAAAAUACACAGCCAACGCGGCCUUUGGGUCCCCAACAACUCAACAGUAACAACAACAGAACUGCCUUCGAUAGUAAGACAGAAAACUUUACAAAGAAAAUUGCUGAAUCCACAACGGCGUCACCGGACUCCUCGUCGUCGUCGUCGUCGUCAACAACAACAUUCCCACCCACAACGGAAAAUUCCCAUGAGGCAAAGGAGGAUAAUGCCGAGGACGGACUUGAUUUUCACUCCAUUAUCUAUAAGGAGUCACAUGUCGAGGACGCCUACGAAAAUGUGCGCGAAGGUCACGUGGCCGGCUGUGGCAUUACGGACGAGGUCUCACAAUGGAUGGAGAACAUACAAAAUUCAGCCGUCGAAGAGCUACCGGAGCCCAUGUCAAAGGACUACCAGAAGCUCCACCGGAAGCAGCUGCACAAAAAGUCCGCCCCCCAGCAAGAGCCGCAUCCGCAUCCGCCGAAGAAGUACAUCAGCGGCGAUGACGACUUCAAGUACCCCCAUCAGAAGUACUCGAAGGAGGCGAACUUCGCCGAGGGUGCCUUCUACGAUCCAUCCACCGGAAGUCGCCUGGGCUCAUCCGCCAACCUGGCCGACUGGCAUCAGCUUGUCCACGAGCGAGUGCGUCGGGCCACCGACGGUGCAGGUGGGAGCGGUGGCUCAUCGGGUGGACCAGGACGUGGCCGCGAGGAUAACAAGAAUACCUGCUCGCUCUACAUUCAAACGGAUCCAUUAAUCUGGCGCCAUAUACGCGAAGGAAUUGCUGAUCAUGAUCGUGGACGCAAGUACGAGGUGGAUGUGAAAACGCGCGAGGAAAUUACAUCGCUGAUUGCACAUCACGUGACGGCCGUUAAUUACAUUUACCGCAACACAAAGUUCGACGGACGCACAGAGCAUCGCAACAUUCGCUUUGAGGUUCAACGAAUCAAGAUUGAUGACGACUCGGCCUGCCGCAAUUCCUAUAAUGGACCUCACAAUGCAUUUUGCAAUGAGCACAUGGAUGUCUCCAACUUUUUGAAUCUGCAUUCACUGGAGGAUCACUCUGACUUCUGCCUGGCUUAUGUGUUCACCUACAGAGACUUCACUGGCGGAACUUUGGGCCUGGCAUGGGUGGCAAGCGCUUCGGGAGCCUCUGGAGGUAUUUGCGAAAAGUACAAGACGUACACGGAAACGGUAGGUGGACAGUACCAGAGCACGAAGCGAUCUCUCAACACGGGCAUCAUCACGUUCGUGAACUACAAUAGUCGGGUUCCCCCGAAGGUGUCCCAACUGACGCUGGCCCACGAGAUAGGGCAUAACUUUGGAUCACCGCACGACUACCCGCAGGAGUGUCGUCCAGGAGGUCUGAACGGAAACUACAUCAUGUUCGCCAGCGCCACCUCUGGCGAUCGUCCAAACAACUCCAAGUUCUCGCCCUGCUCGAUUCGCAACAUUUCCAACGUUCUGGACGUGCUGGUUGGGAACUCCAAGCGGGACUGCUUCAAGGCCUCCGAGGGCGCCUUCUGCGGCAACAAGAUCGUGGAGUCCGGCGAGGAGUGCGACUGUGGCUUCAACGAGGACGAGUGCAAGGACAAGUGCUGCUACCCCCGCCUGAUCAGCGAAUACGACCAGUCCCUGAACUCCAGCGCCAAGGGGUGCACGCGACGGGCCAAGACGCAGUGCUCGCCCUCGCAAGGUCCUUGCUGCCUGGCCAACUCCUGCACCUUCGUGCCCACUAGCUACCACCAGAAGUGCAAGGAGGAGACGGAGUGCAGCUGGUCAAGCACUUGCAACGGAACCACCGCCGAGUGCCCGGAGCCCCGUCACCGGGACGAUAAGACGAUGUGCAACAACGGCACAGCCCUAUGCAUUCGAGGCGAAUGCAGUGGUUCCCCCUGCCUGCUCUGGAACAUGACCAAGUGCUUCCUCUCGUCAGCGACGCUGCCGCACGUGGACAAGCGCAAGCUGUGCGACCUGGCCUGCCAGGACGGUAACGAUGUGUCCACCUGCCGCAGCACCAGCGAGUUUGCCGCCAAGUAUAAUAUCCAAAAGGGCGGAAUCAGCCUGCAACCGGGCUCGCCCUGCGACAACUUCCAGGGGUACUGCGACGUGUUCCUCAAGUGCCGGGCCGUGGAUGCCGAUGGUCCGCUGGUGCGGCUCAAGAAUCUCCUGCUAAACCGGGAGACUCUGCUCACGGUGGCCGAGUGGAUAACCGGCAACUGGUAUCUCGUGGUGCUGAUGGGCGUUGCCUUCAUCGUCGUAAUGGGGGCGUUCAUCAAGUGCUGUGCCGUGCACACGCCCAGUUCCAAUCCCAAGAAGAGGCGAGCUCGACGCAUCAGCGAAACUCUGAGAGCCCCCAUGAACACACUGCGGAGAAUGCAACGUCACCCGCAUCAGAGAGGAGCCGGACCCCGCAGCAUUCCACCGCCGGCCCAUGAGGCACAACACUACCCCCGCGGCGGAGAUGGUCGCAGUGGCGGGGGCGGAGGAGGAGCUGGUCGCCAUGGCGGCUCCCGGUCGCAGCACCAUCAGUCACAUCCCCACGAAUGGGAUCGCCAUCAGGGCGGCCACUCAAUCGUCCCAUUGCCCACAGGCGGCAGCCACUCGAGCCGAAACGCCCCGGCGAAUCAGGCACGGCGCAGCGAUGGACGCGGCACAAGGUCCACGAGCAGCGGGCGGCCGCAGGCCGGAGCAGCUGCAGCAGCCGGAGGCUCGUCCAGCGGGGCGUCGCGAUCACAUGGCGGGUAUGGAGCCGAACAGGCAUUGCCGGGUACCAUUGGUGGUGGUGUGCAGGCGGCCAUAAGCGGCGGUGGUGUUGUGGCUAGGGCCCAGCUGCCGUUGCCAUUGCCGCCGCCCAAUGCACAGCAACUGCAAUUGCAGCAACCACAACAACAACAACAACAGCCACAGCCGUUGCAACUACAGCAGCCGGCACUUUCGCCGCAGCAGCAGCAGCAACAGCAGCAAGCGUUCUACACGCCGAAAGGCGUCGCGCCACCGCCGCUACAAGUAAGCUUUAGUCGGCCGACAUCGUUGCACGAACAGCAGCAGCAGCAGCAUCUCAUGCAGCAGCAUCUAGAGCCCCACGAUCAACACGUCUAUGCCGAUGCCUAUGCGGCCUUGGGGCGUGGCCAGUACGAGUCCACAGGGCGGGCGCCCAACAGUAGCAACAGCAACAGCAAGGUUUGACAGCCAAAAGCGGCGAUGGAGCGGCCAAAAGCGCGGCCAAAGGCGAAACGAAUCAAGCAGCAGCAGCAGCAGCCAACAACAACACAGCCCCCAAAGCAGCAGAAAAAGCAAAAGCAACAACAACAAAAAUCAAAUGAACUCAAAUUAAAUGUAAAUGUAAUUUUUAUGCUAAUUAUUUUUAUUUAAACCAUGUUUGUAUGCCACAAGGAAAAAAGCAGCCACAACAACAGGAACAAAAACGAAACGAGUUGGAAAAAAUUGCGACAAUUUCAUAGAACAGAUAAAGCUAAAAGUGAAUGAUAUUUUGGAAUAAAUAAAUUGAGAGGCAAAUGCGUAUGCAAAUUAUGAUUAAUAUAAAUCAUUAAAAAUAACAAAAGGCAUGCAUAAUACCCACACAAACUGAGCCCAUAUACAUAUAUGCAUUUGUGUGUAUAUAUAUGGUAUUCGCUGGGCUCACACAACAAAUAUUAAAUAGCGCAGCAGCCACCACACACACAAAUAUAAAUACAUGCAAGGGAAACUAACGUUUAAUGUGCGACAGCAAAAAGCAUUCUAUAUGCGGUGGUCAGAUUUCUAAAAGAAUUAAUUAAACAUUUGAUAUCGCAAAAAGUGUGUUUUGUACAAAAAAAGUAAAAUAAAUAAAAACUGUUUGAAUUAAUUAAGCGAGCGUCGCCGAGGAGAGCGGAAACAGCAAAGCAUUUAAAUUGUAUUUAUCUGUACCGAAGGCUAACAGUUCAAUAAAGCCGUCAAAAUUGCAUUUGUAAACUAGCAAGGAAGGAGAGAGCUCAUGAAAACCAAAAACAUAACAUAAAACCAAGGAAUAUUACGCGAAAAACCCGAGACUUUCAAUUUUUAAUACUUUUAACGUGUUCGUUUCAGUAGCUUUGAUUGUUUCCCGACCAUCUUUUCCUUGGGCAGAAAGCAGAAGCAAACAAAGUACUAAUUUUUAUGUAUUUCACGUAUUUUACUAUCUUAGGUACAAUUUUCUAUUGUCAAUUUUGAUUAGUAUUAGGUUUAAAGCUUUAUGUUUUAGGAAGCUGGUAGCAAGACCGCCACUGAUUACUGAUUACGUUUAAUGUUAUCUAUCAUGUAUCUAUAUGUAUGUAUAUCUGCCCACAUAGAAGUGUAUUUUUCUGUAAGUCACGGAGGGAGUCUGUGUGUGUGCUUGUUGUGCAGACUCCCAAGUUACUAGUUUAUGUUUUUUGUUUGUCUCUAUUUUGUACUCGGAAGCCUGAAGAACACAGAGUAUCGACUGAUGCACAACUCCAAGAAAAGGCCUACCUUACUCUCAUUUGAAUUCUCUAUUGUUUGUCUACUUAAGAGAUCUGGCGAUCUGACGAUAAAAUGUAUUCAAUCCCGUGAUCUGUGUUAGCUUAAUUUUUAAUACAAUUCCUGCAAGACUCUGCUUAAUGAAUAACAUCAAACUCUUGUAAAUAAACUAUACAAACUAACGUAUACAGUAAGUGGAAUCAUUGAAAUUACAAAUUAUACAGACAAAACUUACAUAAAUUGAAUAUAUAAAGUCUGGGUAUUUGAAUUGGAAAGAUAAAGAAACGAACAAACGUGAACAAAGCAAGUCUAGGCUUUGGUUUUUCUCAAACAAAGUAGCAGACAAAGAACAACAAAAAACAUUUAACUAUUAAUUUAAACUUAACACAUAAAGAAUUAAUUAAAUGACUUUAAGUAAACUAAUUAAUAAUGAAUAUGGAAAAGCAAAAAGAAUGAUUAUGAGAAAUGAUAAUAAAAACAAGAAAACAACUAUUUUAUAAAA